ACGCCGCUCUCCGCCGCCGGCAAAGCCUUCUGCGCCGCCUACGCCGCCGUGGGGGUCCCGGCCACCAUGUUCCUCCUGGCGGCCACCGCGCGUCGCCUGGCCGUGCCGCUGGCCCGGCGGCCCCGUGGCUACCUACAGGCGCGGUGGGGCUACAGCCGGCGCGGCGCUGCCCGCGCCCACCUCCUGGGCCUCCUGGCCGUCACCCUGGUGCUCCUGGUGCUCCUGCCAGCCACUGCCUUCUACUUGCUGGAGGCCACCUGGAGCUACCUGGACGCCGUCUAUUUCUGCGUCAUCUCGCUCUGCACCGUCGGUUUCGGUGACCUGGUGCCGGCCCGGCAGGCGCGGCAGCCGUUGAGGCAGCUCUACCAAGGAUGGGAUGGGUUGAUUCCGUUGGGUCCCAUCGUGCCGCGUCACGCCCCCACCACCGCGCCGCGCCGCUCACGCCCGUGCCCCACAGCGUACCUGCUGCUGGGGGUCACGGGCGUCCUGCUGCUGGCCCAGACCUUGCGCCACGUGGCCGAGCUCCACGGCGUCCCCGGCGCCGCGCCGGCACCGGACGGCGACGCCGACGGCGAGGAAGGGGCCGGCUUGUUGGAGGGGACGAGGGACGGGGCCAAAGAAGCCCGGGGGGGGCGCGACAGCGGGUAG